AUGUCACCGGUUGUAGCCGGGUGGGAUGGUGGGAAGUCUGGCGGUAGUCCUAACGAUGGUGACGAUACUGGUCUAGGGCAGACUGCUAGGACCACUGACACUGUAUCUCAUGGGCUCGUGCCAGCCUUGCCGGGGAAUGGUGUGUCGAGUCUUGGUGAUCGGCGCCAGGGUAAUGAUGCUCGAUUGACCCCUAGGAGCCCCGGUGUUGGGGACUUAUCGAGGAGGAGACGAUCAUUCAUGGAAGGCUUCUAUAAGCCGACGGCGGCGGAGGACGAAUUGCCGAUAAAUGACUUCAAUGUUCAUGGGUUACCAGCUGAGUGGGCGACUUUGAAUCAGAUGACAUUGAAGAGUCUAAACGACUACACCUUCCAUAGCAAACCGGGUAUGGUCACUCGGCCUGGUCUGGAGAUCUUCGAUUCUGGUGAUGAUAGUAAUGCUGCGUACGAGGACGAUGACAGUGAUAUAUCUUUCGAGAGGAAGUAUAAUUCUGCGCCGUCAAAGAGUCGUCGCCCCCGACCUGUGUUCCGAUUGCUGAAUCGUGAGCGACCAAUGAAACAGAGCACUGGUACUAUGAGAAUUGACAGGAAGAAUCAGCUGCAGUCAUUAUACGUCAGCGACUUCUUCCACAGCGUGUUGGACACCAACACUAAUGUGCUUAUCGCCGGCAUUCUAGUCUUUUACAUAACGGUCGUAGCGGUAUUCGCGGGGCUAUGGUUAUUAGUAGACGAGCCAUGUGGUGCCCAGUUCAAAGGCAGCUACCUUAGAGCCUUCUACCUCUCGAUGGAGACGCAGGCCACUGUCGGGUUCGGAGCCCCUGACCAGUACUUCUCUGAUUGCACCAGUGGAGCUGUGGUCCUAUCCAUGCAGUGUUGUGUGACGGUCCUUCUGAAUGCCUCUAUCAUUGGAUUGCUAUAUACACGACUCUCACGAGGCGGCAAGCGAGCUGAGACGAUACUGUUCUCGGAUAAAGCAGUGAUUCGAGCUGGUUCGGAUGGCAAGCCGUACUUCAUGUUUCAAAUAGUGGAGAUGAGGAAGCAUCAGCUCAUAGAAGCCCACGUUCGAUGCUACUUCUUUUCCCACAGAGGCCGCUAUCGCUUUGUCGGAGAGUACAUGCGUCUGAACAGACCGAAUGAUGAGCUGGGCGCACCAUUAUUGUUAGCGAUGCCCACUUUGGUCAUUCAUUCUAUCGACCGUUACUCACCAUUGAUGCCCUCAAGUAGACUGCUAGUCAGUGCCGGUCUCACUGAGAUGGGAAUGUCUCAGGCCAACGUCACGACACGUUCCCCUUCCCACCACUUCGAGAAUGUGAUGGUUUGCAAGGCAAUCGAGACGACUAUAGCUGCCCGACUUGUGUGGAGUUUUAGAGCGCACAUUGUCUAUAAUCAAGUGAAUGAUGAGAUCAAUGGGGUGCCUCCGGAACACUCACACAGAUUGCCGCCUGAAGUCGAGACAGAUGCGGGAGGUGCAGGGCCGGUCGAGGACCGCAGCCAAGCCGAGCGAAUAUACGACUACCUCUCGCGUUCUGGUUAUUGGGAAGUCGUCGUUCUCGUGGAGGGAAUAGAAGGCAACACUAGCUCUACACUGCAGGCCAGACACAGUUACACUAUUGAUGAUCUUGUGGUCAAUGCCACUUACGCCCCCUGUGUUACCACGGGAGAUGACGCUCGGAUGGAAGUGAGUACUCACUCUUCAGGAGCGUGUCAUAUAGACUACUCGAAGAUCAACGAGUUGUGGACAUCGACUGGCCGAGUCGCUAAUGACGGGGGGUCCUCCAACAUAUCGGAGGCUUCGAGCUCGCUCUUGGUGAGAGAGGGAUCCUUCUCCUCUGAGGCUGACGAUACUAUAAUGGACGACGUCCCGUGCAGAAACUGA